AUGGGGAACUACUCGAAAGCACUUAAGUUUUACGAAAUAGCACAUAAAAUACGUAAAAAAGCUCUUCCUCCUAAUCAUGCUGAUUUGGGUGAGACCUACAACAACAUCGGUCAAGUGUAUAAUAACAUGGGUGACUACUCCAAAGCACUUAAUUAUUACGAAAAAGCGCAUAAAAUACUCGAGAAAGCUCUGCCUUUGAAUCAUUCUGAUUUAGCCUAUUCCUAUAUGAGCAUUGGUGACGUAUAUAAUACCGUGGGUGACUAUUCGAAGGCACUUGAUUUUUACGAAAAAGCACUCAAAAUUAGAAAAACAUCUUUGCCUCCAAAUCAUCUCGAUUUAGGUGAAUCCUGUAAAAGCAUUGGUCAAGUGUAUAAUGCCAUGGGUGACUACUCGAAAGGGCUGGAAUUUUACGAAAAAGCACAUGAAAUACUUGAGAAAGCACUGCCUUCAAAUCAUCCCGAUUUGGCUGUUUUGUAUAACAGCAUCGGUUCAGUAUAUCAUGGGAUUGGUAAUUAUACAGCAGCUCUCAAUGCUCUAGAAAAUGCUUUUCAAAUUCAGCAAAAAAUAUUUCAUAAAGAUGAUCCAGCUUUCGCUUCAACAUACAGUUGGUUUGGAAAAGUUUAUCGCAAUAUGAAAAAUUAUUCAAAGGCACUGGAUUAUUUUGAAAAGACCCUUGCAAUAGAUAGUAAAACGUUGCCUGAAACGCACCCAUAUCGGGCUAUCACAUACUGUAAUAUUGGUGAUAUUCAUCGAUUAAUGGGAGAUUGUGAAAGGGCGCUCUUGUUUCAUCGAAAAGCAUUAAGUAUUCAAAAAAAUGUUCAAUGUAAUCCUCUAGAUUGUGCAACGACUUUUACGAAUAUGGGCGAAACUUAUCGAAAAAUGAAAGAUUAUUCAGUGGCCUUGACAUUUUUUCAAAAAGGAUUACAAAUUUAUGAAAAGAAACUGUCAAAAAGUCAUCCUCAUUUAGCUGUAAUCUAUCAUAAGUUGGCGAAAUUGUAUUUGUCUACUCGACAAUAUAGUAUGGCAAUGAAAAAUGCUCAACAAGCGGUAGAAAUUGCUCAAGAGAAAUUGCCUGCAAAUCAUCCUCAUCUUUUGGACUAUAAAGAAACAUUCAAAAAAAUUCAAAAGAAGUUUUAA